GAGGGAGGGAAGGGAAAGGGAGAAUCCGGGGAAGGAGGGAAAGGGGAAGAAUGGGAGAAGGAAAAAGGGGAGAGGGAAAGGAAAGUGGAGAAAAAAGAAAGGGGGAAAAAAGAGAAAAAAAAAGGAGGGGAGGAAGAAAGAAAAAUGAGGGGGAAAAGUGAAAAUGAAGAAAAGUGGGAGGGGGAUGGGAUGAAGGAGAAA